AUGAUCAUCCCGCGCACCGGGGCUCCCUCAACUUUUUUACCCAUAUUCAUCGGUGUGUUUCUCCGGCCCGCGGAUGAGAGCCAAGUCAGCUGGAGUGUGCCGCCAGCCUUCAACUCGCUGCUGUCGAUCACGAAGAACGGGCUUCUGCGCACUUUCUCGACUUCCGGACCGGCUGGACUGUUGAAGGCCGAGUCAUCGUCUGGCGCUAACAAGACGCUGCUGGUUCCGGUGCAGAUCACCCCCGCUCGCUCAAUCUGGGUCGAAGUUUUCCCGCCGCUCUCGGCCCCGGAAUCUUCUCCACUGACCGCCCUCAAUGUUGGCCAGACGCUCGAUUUGUACGUCCACUUCCGCGACCGUUUCGGCGUCCGCCUCGUCGCGGCUCCGAAUCGGGUCAACUUCCGUCCGCAUCGCUUUGACCUUACCGAAAUCGCCGCCUCGAAUGGCAACCGCACACUGGCCAUCACCCUGAAGACGCCUGGUGAGACGGUGCUGCGCAUCUGGGACGCCGAAGAUCAGAGCAUUGAGACGUUCAUCCGCUUCUCGGCCGCCGAUCUCCCGCCACCAGAUGCCAACGAGACCACCAAGGACGAGUCGAUCUUGAAGGCAAUCGCCGAGCCGUCGUGCCCGAUUCAAGGCGCAUCCACCGCUGACAAAGCGAGCAGCUUUGAACGGCUUGGAUUCUUCGACUGGUUGCGCUAUAUGUCUAAACAUCUGGUGACACUGCUGUGCGGCUGCGGCCUGCUGAUCAUCACCACAUGCUGUUGGAUUCUUUUGCGACGCUCGCCGUCCAAGAAGGGUGCCGCUAACCACAACACCACCGGGGUGUUCGCCUCGGAUCGCUCGAACGCGAAUGUGACCUACGGCAGCUCGCCCGGGUCUUCACCUUCAGUGAGCUACACCUGGCAAGAGAACCCGCCGCGAUUCCACUCAACGCCAAUCGAGACGUCAUCGAUGGGCCCAAUCGGCUCCGGAGGCUCUCCCCAACUGUGGACCACCAGCCCGGUGCGACGCCGCGUC